AUGUCUUCUAAACAAGAUGUCACUUUGGCCCUAUGGCAUAGCACGAAUGAUCAUCGUGGUUCGUUGUCUCAGCCACCUCCUCAAAAUGAUAAUGGUGGACAUUCGUUGGUUAAACCAAAUGUUCAGGAUGUUUUUGGAAGAGAGAACACAUCUCAGGCAAAUGAUAAUGGUGAACAUUCGUCGGUUCAGCCAAAUGUUCAAGAUGUUUUCGGAAGAUAG